AUGCCCUCUGUGACCGAGUCCGGCGCCGUCUCGCUCGAGGAGGGGGAGGAGGUGCGCGUGCGCGAGCGCACCCACCUCUACAUCAACGAGCGGUGCGACGGCACGGGCGAGCUGCUCGUCACCACUCGCCGUGUAGUCUGGGUGCCAGAAGCGCCUGGCGCGCGAGGCCUGUCAGGAUUCUCGCUCUUCUACCCGGCCAUCGUGAUGCACGCAGUGAGCCGCGACACGAGCGCCUUCCCGCACGCCUGCCUCUUCAUGCAGCUCGACCCAGAGCAGAACAUCGGCGAGCUGGCUUCCGCGCAGACGACACCGCAACCGCGAGGCGCAAAGCGCACUCGCGUCGCCAACGGCGGCGGCUCCGCCGAGGGUCUCGUGAAUGGCAAUGGCGAGGCCGCGGAAGCUGCGCACGAGGAGGGCGACGACGAGUCGGAGGGCGAGGGCGAGGAGGAGGCGGGCUGGGAGGACAUCCGACUCGUGCCUGCGGGCGAGGCCUCUGAGGCUGCGGCCGGCGGCGACGCGCUCGAGCGCAUCUACGCGGCGAUGAGCGAGUGCGCUGCUCUGAACCCCGACCCCGCGGACGAAGAGAGCGAGGAGGGCGAGGAGGGCGAGGAGGGGAUGAUGCCUGGCGACGGGGCGGCUGCGCUCGAUCGGUACGACGACCUGCUCAACAGCUCGGCCGACGGCCGCUUUGACGACGCCGAGGAGGAGGAAGAGGCGUGAUAGGAGGAGGAGUCGCGCGCUUCGGGGUGUGGCCGUCCGGAGAGCGUAAUCGUAAUUGGAGCGUCUCGUGCACUCAAGAUUCGGACUGCUGUUUGUGGCGCGGUGUGCAGCGUUCCGCUCCCUGUCCGUUGGCGAGAGCAGCACGAGUCGUUGUGUGACUACUGUCACAUCCCCUCUCGCGUGUAGGGGGCGGUGGUGCAUGGGGUGGUGACUGGAGUGUGUGAAUUCGCGCUAGAUAUC